AUCACCUCGAGAUUGACAUGCCUUAUGCGAGGAGGUGGACAACGGGUUUUGACCGGGAUGUCGAUACGCACCACAGUAUUCUUCCAUUCCGGGACCAGCUUGAUCACAUGACGGACGAUGCGCUAUUUAUAUGGACGCCGUACGCUGCUAUAUUAGAUGGUUUACCCCCCUUCUGUAGGGCAGGUCAGGGGGUUUGGAGGUCGCGGUGUCCAUUGAUACACCUGGACAUCGUAGAGGAUCACAUGCCCGAGCGUGUCUUACGACAGUUUGGGCAUACACAGAGUAUACCCCCUGAUGUCCGUCAUGAGCUCCGACACUACCAGCGGGACGAUCGGGCUGCCGUUGAUGAUGAUUUUUUGGCUUUUAUGGAUGUCCAGCUCCACCGUUGGGAGAACAGGUUGGGCACUUUUGCGGUGGUCGGCCAUUUGACUCCCAUUGAGCAUUACAUGCGCUGGUAUCAUCAGAUCACACGCCGAUUGAUCGGCAACCCAGCUUUGCGUCCCCCUAGGGAUGUAGGAUAUUCAGCACUCGCGGGGCAGUACGAGGUUCUUUGA